AAAGUGUGGCUGUGGAGUGAUUCCUAUUACGGCCAGAAGUCAAUCAGUCGCCAAAUUUUUAGUGGAUAAUAAUAAAAAAAAAUGUUCCAAAACAGUGCCGCACGUCUUUUGGUUCCAGCCAUCCGAAAUGGAUUGCAACAACGUUGCCAAUCUGUCGUUGCUGGACCACCAGUAAAUAAGGUGUCCACAGCCGAAAAAAUCAUCUUGGGUGGUGGAAUGUGCGUAUCGAUGCUUGUUGUACCUGCGUGGGUGUUGCUCAACUUGAAGGAUUACAAAGGCGGCAAGUAAAUUCAGCGUCAAAUUGGAAGAACUGCUUUCAGUACAUAAUAAAAUUUAAAGUUUUUGUGAAGUUGUAAAGUAAAAGCAUUAAAAUAUACGAUUGCCCAUAAUUUUAAUAA